AUGCAUUCUUCCGACAAUUUAUUCUUAGGAUUUAGAGGAUUUAUGAAGCUGACCUUCCUAAUGACAUGUUUUAUUGAUGCUUCUGUUAAAGCAUUUGAAAUUGAUACUAGAACUAUGGGAUGUG